CAUCUUUUCGCGCCAAAUAGAGACUAUGGUUUAUGUGUACCGACGGGGUACUCCCUUAUAUGGGCUAUAAGGGAGACACCUAUCCGCGGCACACACCUAUCCGAAAUUUACGGGACUACUUCUCCGCCCCUCCCCCGACCCCCUCCCGGGGUUUAUAUAUAAUGUAUAGUGUCACCAUGAAAUGUAACUAAGCUAUGACGGAAAUUUCGAGUAUUUCGACCACUCAUGCAUGAGGCUGCCUGUGAAAUAAGACUUAUUAGGACAGCACCAAAGUUCAUAUUUUGGCCUUCCCUCUGUAACGACAGCGCGCUCGCGCCAAAACUUCGAAAUGGCUCCUUGUUGGAUGUUGGUCACAUGACUGAGCAGUGUUUGCUUUGGGGGUUGCUACAGGUGAUGCGAACAAUAACGAGGACAUAAACAACCUUCCGAUUUGUCGUCGUGACCCUCUGAGAGUUAAGAAAACUCAUUGGUAUCACGCGGAAACCAUGGAGAAUGAUUUGUACGAAGACGAAGUUAAUCCAAAUAAUCCCAGCAAAGUUCGCAUCUCUAUAACGAGAGCAUCUUUCUCGGAGGACGAAGGCGAUCUCGAGUCACCUGAAAAAUCCCGACCGCGAGCAGAUUCUGACAGCAGUAUAGACGAGCAAGAAAUGGAGAAACUGAUGCAAGAAGACGAUGAAAAUGAAAAUGAACAGUUGCACAAUGGUGAAGAAAAAUUGAACGGACAUAGUGGCGAUCCUUCGAGCAACGAUGAUGACAACAAUUCAAGAACGGUCGAAGACGAUGAAGUAACUAAAGCUUUCGAAAAUGGCGUGACGAUAAGCGACGCGGCUGAUGAACGCAGUGAAUCAGCAGGAAAAGUUGGCGAUGAACAGAAUGAUUCCUUACAAAGUAAUAACAAAGAAGACUCUUCGGAAUCGUCUCCUACAAAAAGUCCGGCGAUGGAGAUGAUCGGAGAUCGCGUUCUAAUAGAACGUGACGGGAAAUUCGAACUUGUAGAUGUCAGUGAAAUCAAAGCAGAGUAUUAUGACAUGUUGGGAAUAGCGCCCGAAAACAAUGGCGAAAACGCCACGAGCGAAGAAACAGGCAGUGAAACAUCUGAAAAUAGUGUUAAGGAAAUAGCCGAGGAUAAGCCCGAGAAGCGGCCAAGACCGAAAACUACAUCGGUUCACGAACUGCAUCGAAGAAAUGAAAAGAAGAGAACUGCAAAAGGAGUUGAUAGGACUCGAAGUCAAAGCGCGAAAGCUCUUCGACAGAGGAGCGACGAAUAUGCUCAUAUAAAAUCUGAUUAUGCAAUGACUGAACAGCAACUCGAAAUCAGAAGAAAAUGUAAAGAAGCUAAACUUAGAAGACAAAAAGAGGAGCAAGAAAGAGAAAGGGAAGAACAACAAAGAAAGAGAGAAGACGCCGACAGGGCCUUUCAAGCAUGGUUAUAUGCUAAGAUAGAAAUGGCACGUCAGGCCAGGUUGAACCAACCAGACCCAAAUCUAGAAAAACAGGCAAAAGAAGCAAAGGAAAGUGAUGCACAGACAGCUUACAGUGAGUGGCUUGAUACGAAGAGAAAACAAGACAAAGCCCUUCGACAGUUGGAGGAGAGCAGAAGAGCAGAAGAAGCAUCUCAAUACGCAAUCAGAGAUCGCCAAGUCUGUGAUGAAGCUUUCAGAAGGUGGCUUAAGAAAAAGAAACAUGAAGAAGAAUUAAAACUUGCAGCAAAGAAGAAAAAGAAACAGAAACCUAAACUGAAGAGAAAAGAGCAGCCACCACACAACUCACAUAAGAUUCGAUACUAUGAAUACUAUGGCUACAGAAACACUGUGGUACUGUGACAAAUAUUCUCUUGCUGUGGAUAGGAAAUAAAUCAACCAAAAUGAUGACUCAUUGCUCAAACCAUCUCAAAGUCAAGAGUCCAACUGGUAGAACGUCAAGUAUCACUUAAAUUACACAAAUGCAACAUUUACAAUUUUCAGGGUCAGUUAGGGGUGUGUUUAAAAGACAAAAUGAUGAAAUGUCACUAUGGUUAGCCUACCGGUAAAUGGCGCUUUGGUAAGCCUAGUAGCAUCCUGUUAGCCUGAAUAGCGUUCAGGUUAGCCUAAAUAUCACUGACCUGAAGGUGGUUAACUCUCAAUAAUUGCAUGGGUUAACCUUAUCCCACAUUGUUAAGUGCUAUUUUGCCAUUUCAUGUUUUAAACACACCCUCUGUUAGGCAUACUAAAGGAAGAAAACUGAAGUUCUAGUAAAAACUGUGAAAUAUCUCUGGAAGAAAAUACAUGUAACUCUUGUGGUAUUUGAAAGUUUUUCUAAGAAAAAGGGACAUGUUAAGGCAAGUGAUGGGGGAGUUUGGAUAAGAUUUUGUACCAAAGACAAAAUUUCCCUUGAGGGGAUCUAGGGGAAUGCUCCUUCACAGCAACCUGUUACAAACAUUUUCUCAAGGGUGGGGUUGGGGUGGAAGCCUCUUAACCCUCUCCAGUUGGGAUGAAAAAAAAAACAAUGGAAGAGUGAAGAUAUAUUAAAAGUCUGUAUUGUAUUGUUUAUCAGUGUCUCAUGCCAGUGGAAUGCCAUUCCUAGUGUGCUUUGACAUAGUGAUAAAUUUAUAGUCUUGAAGGCUACACACACAGCAGUGUUCUCCAAAACUUUUAAAAAAGCCAGGAAAUAUUCAUAUUUGUUUCUGUAGAUAAGUGAAGACCAUUUAGUGUUAUUUUAAAGAUGAUUUCCAGUCUGUACUGCGCACUCUCAAAGGUUUUUUUUUUUUGUUUUGCAACUACUUACAUGAAGUAGAUUCAAAGUUUCCUUCCAACCACCACUAUGGAUGCGAAGCUUUACGUUUUGUUCUUUGUGAAAACACUUGAUAAGACAACUCCGUGGCUGUGAAAAUCAAAGAGACUGUUGGGAAAGGAACUCAAAAUGCCCCAAAAUAAGGUAAGCAGUUCGUAACAAAUAACAUUGAUUUGCAUUCCAUCAAGUGAGACUCACAAACAUUGGGUUGCUGAGUUAUAUAUUGGGGAGGCUCUGCCCAGAGGUUCAAAAAACAAAUUUUCAGAGGGAAGCUAAAGCUAUGACGUGCAAGUCCAAAAUUAUUCUCACUGCCCCCACCCCCACAACAAUUCUGCCUGGUUAGGGCCAUAGCUAGUAGCAGGUAAACCAAGCUACUUGCUUCACUCAUUUUUCCAUUUUUGUUGUUUGUAGUCAUCAUAAACACCCUCAUUGCCUCAGUCAAAAUUUUUUCAUGGACAAUGCCUUGGUCAUAAUUUUGGGUUACAGCCCUGCUUUAUAUAUGAUUGUCUUAUUUAAAAUUAAUCGUGAUCUUCACACCCGUAACAAACUUGUUAGUUUAUGAGUGAAUUGCAUCAACAACAGCCAAGUUCACUCGUAACAUUAAGGGCCAAUCAAACAUGCUCAGACAUAACAGGUGCUAUGCGGUACAGCCCUUACUGACUGACAGACCUGAAUAAUUUCAUCUUUUACUUUACUCCUGUAAUUAGAAUUUCUUCCCAAAACCCUUCACUUUCCAGUGGGAAUUAAAGGUUUGAAUCGACUAGUGGUAACGUCACUGCAAAAUACACUAGCCCCAGACCACUGGACACUACAUUCUUUGCACGGUACAAACCCUUACUCUUUUAUAUGCCAGUUUAGAUAGAAAAAAAAAGAGGUUUUCCUUUUAUUUAUCUUCCAUAUAGCAUGGUACUCUUCCAUGUACUUACUGUAGAAAUACAGCAUCCCUUCUCUAGGUUUGUUAUUUUAGUAACCCCUCGUGAUUCUUGGAUGAAUCAACCUCAAGUUGUGUCUGCGUCUUAAAAAUUCUUAAAUGGCAGUCUUCCCUCCCCUGUGCUAUACUUCGUUGGUAUAAAUCUGCUAGCAUUCAAUCACAAAUGCCGUUCUCUAAUUGGUUUCGUUGUAGAUACUGUAGAUAGUGAGUAGCCCGGCAGUGUGCGGUUGUUAAAAAGAUGGGAGCGCGGCUUCUUUGCCUUUUCGAAGUGUCUGUGAAGCGGAUUUAGUUAUAGUUUUUCACGACUAGUAGUUUUAUACUAAUUAAAAACAAUUGGAUUA